AUGGUUUAUGCUCGACUGCGCGGAAUGGUACUUUAUUUGCAUAAAGACGAAAAUGGCUUUCGCCGUGGCCGCUUUCAGACGUUCAACAACGCCAUUCUCCUCCAUCAUGCAUUGGCUGAGAAGCCAAAAGAUUAUACGAAGCGGCAGCAUGUAUUCAAGCUGCGAACAGCCAACCUUGGUGAAACCCUUUUCCAAACGAGUGAUCCAAAUGAGGUGCAGCAAUGGAUUGAUAUAAUCAAUUACGUGUCCUCAGUUUUCUCCUCUCCGGCUUUGCCAGCUCCCGUUUCCAAUCAGUCGGACGUUUUUCAUAUGCCGCUGCUACCCAGUGCACCGUCCAAUUUAUCAUUAGUAUGUAUUCUUUUCAUUAAUGCGGAGCAGCUAAGAGCACACGAAGAAAAGGAGGAGGAGAUGCGACAGAGGCUGGAUGAACUGAUGAAGACAGCACCGUCGCUGAAGGCCAAAGGUCACAUCGUGCAAAAUUUUUUCUACAAGCAGCGAUAUUUAUAUCAGGAAAGAGAACGUUAUCAGCGCUAUGUGGACAUUUUACGUGAGCAUCUCAGUAUGCUGUCUCCAUCCCAUUCGAUGGCCAUACGGAUAGAGCCUACCAUCGGAACAUACCGUUUGGAUGUAGGAAAAUCAUCCACUACUAUGCAAAGUAGAGCGGUUGGCCGUGAAUACGUAGUGAAGGAAGAACCAGAAGCUGAAGCAAGAGCGGAAAAGGCUGAAGAGGAGGAAUCUGAAGUAGAUUCCGAGGACUCCGAUACCAGCGCUGGUCGCUGCAGUUAUCAGGAAGCAAUAUUACAAAGUCCAGGCCCGCAUUAG